GGGCGCGGGGGGACGAGCGGCGGUGCCCGAGCGGCCGCGCCCUCCGCCAUGAACCUGCACCAGGUGCUGACGGGCGCCGUGAACCCCGGCGACAGCUGCUUCUCCGUGGGCAGCCUGCGCGACCAGCCCUUCACGGCAUAUGCAUCAGGAUGUGAUAUUGUGGUACUGGGGACUGACUUUGAAAGAUUACAGAUAAUCCCUGGAGCAAAACAUGGAAACAUUCAAGUGGGAUGUGUGGACUGCUCAAUGCAACAGGGGAAGAUUGCAGCUUCUUACGGAAAGGUGAUUUGUAUCUUUGAACCAGUCAACCUCUUGAAGCAGAGCAGCAGUCAUCAUAAUGUGCUACAUUAUCAGUGGCAGAAGAGUGCUCAGAUCACACUGGAAACCAUAGUACAUAAUCUAACAUGGGAUCCCACAGGUACUCGCCUCUUGACUGGUUCCAGUUGUCUUCAACUUUGGUCAAAUGUUCCUUUGGAAAACCCUUCUGACAAUGACAGUACGGAAAGGACACAUAUUGGACUUGGGGAGUGGAGAUGUAUCUGGCAAUGCAAAACUGCUUCUCAAGUUUGUUUAAUGAAAUUCUCACCAGAUGGGGAAUUUUUUGCUACUGCUGGAAAGGAUGACUGUCUUGUGAAAGUAUGGUACAACACAGAGAGCUGGCGAUCAGCCAUAACACCACCUGGUAUCAAUCCUGAAAACCAAGCAAAAGAAAUCGAUUUUUCAUUUGUUUAUUUGGCUCAUCCUCGGUCAGUGAAUGCAUUUUCAUGGAGGAAGACCAGUAAAUUCAUGCCACGUGGUGCUGUCUGCAAUGUACUCCUGACUUGCUGUAAGGAUAAUGUUUGUCGUCUCUGGGCAGAGACUUUGUUACCCAAUGACAGUCUCUUGUAUGGUGGAGGAUACAGCAAUUGGAGUGAAGCUGUGAACUUUUCAAAUAACUUCAAGAGAAAUAUUUCAAGCAAAGAAAAAGUGCAAAGUGCUUUAGAGUUAAACCUGAGGCACUUCCGACGAGGAAGGAGGAGGUCAGGUGCUGUUGUAGCACAUACUGGAUAUGCUCUGCAUCAGCAAGAUCCCCAUGAAGUUCACAGAAACAUCCCUCCUCAUGCAAAUGCCCUUUGUCACUUCCAUAUUGCUGCCAGCAUCAACCCAGCCACAGAUAUCCCUCUACUCCCUUCUAUCACAUCCUUGAGUCUUGGUGAAAAUGAAGAAAAAAGUGGACCUUUUGUUGUGCACUGGCUAAACAAUAAAGAACUUCAUUUUACCUUAUCCAUGGAAGUGUUUUUGCAGCAACUUAAAAGGAGUUUUGAACAUCAUUCUCCUGAGACUAAUACUGAGGAAUCUAAUCAAAUGGAUGGCAGAUCAGAAGAAGAAGCUGAUGAGAAUGGGGAUGAACAAAAAGGAAACCAAGAAAAGAAGGAACUGAGCGAUGAGAAAACUACUCCAGAUUCAAGCCUUGUUCCUUUAUCUUCUGCUAUUAUUGAUCAUGAAAUUGAAGUUCUGCUCUCUGAAUGGAGUAAAAAUGCUGACAUGCUAUUCAGUAUACAUCCUAUGGAUGGUUCACUGCUGGUGUGGCAUGUGGACUGGCUGGAUGAAUACCAGCCUGGCAUGUUUCGCCAGGUGCAGGUGUCAUUUGUUUCGAGAAUUCCUGUUGCAUUUCCAACGGGUGACGCAAACUCUCUUUGCAGAAGUGUAGUGAUGUAUGCUUGUACCAAAAAUGUUGACUUAGCUAUUCAACAAGGCAAACAAAAGCCUCCUGGCCUUACAAGAUCUUCAUCUAUGCUUUUCUCUUCUGGACACAGUAAAUCAACUAACAGUUUAAAACUAAGCAUCUUCACACCUAAUGUUAUGAUGAUUUCCAAACAUGCAGAUGGGUCAUUGAACCAGUGGCUAGUGAGUUUUGCUGAGGAAUCUGCUUUUUCAACUGUACUCAGUAUUUCACAUAAAUCCCGAUAUUGUGGUCACCGUUUUCAUCUUAAUGACUUGGCUUGCCACUCAGUAUUACCACUGCUGCUUACAACCUCACAUCACAAUGCUCUAAUUUCACCAGAUGUUGAGAAUGCAGUACAGGCAAAUGAUUCUUUAAAGUCUCAGGAGUCACCAGUAAGACUUCAGAGUAGAGCCAAUGCAGAUAUGACAUCCCAGGAUCCCAAUGCGGUUUACAGUGAACUUAUUCUUUGGAGAGUAGAUCCUGUUGGACCUUUGUCCUUUUCUGGUGGAGUUUCUGAACUUGCCCGGAUCAAUUCUCUUCAUGUUUCAGCUUUUUCUAAUGUUGCAUGGCUGCCCACACUUAUACCCAGCUAUUGCCUUGGUGCAUACUGUAAUUCUCCAAGUGCCUGCUUUGUGGCUAGUGAUGGACAGCAUUUGAAAUUAUAUCAAGCUGUAAUAGAUGCUACGAAACUUUUGUGUGAGCUCUCCAAUCCAGAAAUUUCUAAGUAUGUUGGUGAAGUUUUUAACAUCAUAAGUCAGCAAUCUACGGCUCGCCCAGGGUGUAUCAUUGAACUGGAUGCUAUCACAGAGCUUCAUGGCCGGAAGACACAGUUAUUCCAUGUUUUUCAAGAAGACUUCAUUUUAAAUAACCAGGAGAAGGAAAUGCCUGCAAAGAAGAACAAUUUAUCAGACUCUGGAAACCAGCAGAAUGGAUUCUCUGAAAAAUUCUACUUAAUAGUAAUAGAAUAUACUCAAAGCCGCUCAUUACUACAUAUGUGGCAUUUACAUUUGAAGUCAGUUCCUGUCUCAAUAGAUGAAAAGAUAGGUUCCAAUCCACCUGAAGAAGCAACACAAACAGAAGAAAUAUUUUCUUCACCUGAUCCAGAGAAGAUCCAGUCACCUUUUACUCAAAAGUAUCGGGCCUGUAAAGCAAACCUUCAGAGCACCAGCCGGCUUACUCUGUCUUCCAGAAUGGUGUAUAGUCAAGAGUUGAGUAUGCCAGAAGGAGUAGAGAUAAUAAGCGUGAAGCCGUCAGCAGGACAUCUCAGUUCUUCUUCCAUAUAUCCCGUUUGUCGUGCACCUUAUCUGCUGGCUACUUCAUGCUCUGAUGGAAAAGUUCGAUUCUGGAGAUGCAGAGUUGUGACUGAAUCAUCAGCUUCUUCCAUGCCGGAAUAUAGCACACUUGGUGAUGUUAAAUAUGUAUGGGAAGAAUGGCCAUUACUGAUUGAGGAUGGACUUCCUAGCAGUAGUGCUAUUAGUGUUCCAGGAAGGCCAACUGAAGUCAGCUGUGCACACACCAACAGAUUAGCAGUAGCAUACAAGCAGGUAGCAUCUAAAAAUAGCCAUCAAGAUUUUGUAAUGCAUGUUAGUAUUUUUGAAUGUGAAUCUACAGGGGGUUCUUCUUGGAUUUUAGAACAGACUCUUAAUUUAGAUGAGGUGGGCACCAUAUUUGACUCUAGUGUUAGUAUUGACAGCAAUUUAGUGGCAUAUAACCAGCAGGACACUUCUCUGUCUCAUGGUGGGAGUAUUACACUCAGCACCAAGCACUUGGUACACUUAGACUGGAUGUCUAGGGAAGAUGGUUCGCAUAUCCUGACAGUGGGAAUUGGAUCAAAACUCUAUAUGUUUGGUCAGCUCUCUGGGAAGAGGCAAGAACAAAAUGGUAAUGAGAUUGUAGCAAUCUCCCAUAGUGGCAGCACUAAGGGUACAACAACCCUUUCUGGAUUUGUUUUGCUGCGUUGUGUUGAUUUGGUUUCAUCUGUAGAAGGAUCACCUCCUUUUCCCGUCUCCUUGUCUUGGGUGCGCGAUGGCAUUCUUGUAGUUGGAAUGGAUUGUGAAAUGCAUGUUUACUCCCAGUGGCAAUCUCCUGCCAAGCAGGAACUAGUUAGUACAGAUUCCUACAGUGGAAGUAUGUCAUGUAUAACGAGCGUAAUUAAACAAAGCCAGUCAGCCGCCUCAGGUCUGCAUCCACCAAAGAGAACCUUGACCAGAUCUAUGACCAGCCUUGCACAGAAACUUAGUGGGAAAAGGUCUGCCUGUGAUCUCUCAGUGGAAAUGGAAGAUUCUGGUCUUUUUGAAGCAGCUCAUACAUUAUCUCCAACUUUACCUCAGUACCAUCCAUAUCAACUGCUGGAACUCAUGGAUCUUGGUAAAGUACGCAGAGCAAAAGCCAUUCUGUCCCAUUUGGUGAAGUGCAUUGCUGGAGAAGUUGUUGCUAUAAAUGAAUCUGAGCCUAAUCAUGAUAAGAGGCUCAGAUCUCUGACCAUCAGUGCCAGUGGAAGUACUGCAAGAGAUCCCAAAACGUUCAGCAAGGCGGAGACUACAGACUAUAUUGAAAUAGAUUCUGUUCCGCCAUUGCCUUUGUAUGCCCUGCUUGCUGCAGAUGAUGAUUCAUCUUAUUCCUGUUCAGAGAAGACUAGUAAUCAAAAUAGUCAAAAUAAAAAAGAUACACCCAAUGACAAUUAUGAAAAUCUCUUUCAAAAUCCUGUUAUAAGUACAGAUGAUCUUGUUACAUUUGAUGCAGAUGAAGAGAGUGUGAAACCGAAAGUCAUUGAUCUUUCUCAGUAUAACCCAGCUUACUUUGGACCAGAACAUGCUCAAGUUCUUUCUCGUCACUUGCUUCAUUCAAGCUUGCCAGGUCUGACUAGGAUGGAGCAAAUGUCGUUGCUUGCCUUGGCAGAUACAAUUGCUACUACCAGUACUGACAUUGGAGAAAGCAGAGACAGAAGUCAAGGUGGAGAAACUCUUGAUGAGUGUGGUUUAAAGUUUUUAUUGGCUGUUCGGCUUCACACAUUUCUGACAACUGCACUUCCUCCUGUACAUCGAGCUCAGCUACUUCGUCAAGGGUUAUCUACUAGUCACUUUGCCUGGGCGUUUCAUUCAGUAGCGGAAGAAGAACUGCUGAGUAUGCUCCCUGCAGUGCAGAAGGGAGAUCCAACAUGGUCAGAGCUCAGAGCUAUGGGGAUAGGAUGGUGGGUUCGAAAUAUCCACAGCCUGCGAAAAUGCAUAGAAAAGGUGGCUAAAGCAGCCUUUCAGCGAAACAAUGACCCACUUGAUGCAGCCAUUUUUUACCUUGCAAUGAAGAAGAAGGCUGUUAUCUGGGGAUUAUACAGGUCCCAAAAAGAUACUAAAAUGACACAGUUUUUUGGAAACAACUUUACUGAGGACAGAUGGCGUAAAGCAGCAUUAAAAAAUGCUUUUUCUCUGCUUGGCAAACAGCGUUUUGAACAUUCUGCAGCAUUUUUCUUGUUAGCAGGACACUUAAAAGAUGCAGUGGAGGUCUGCCUUGAAAAACUGCACGACAUUCAAUUGGCUCUUGUAAUAUCAAGACUUUACGAAUCGGAGUUUGAAGUCUCUAGUACUUACAAAUCUGUACUACAGAAAAGAGUUUUGGGUGUGUUUACUGGAAAAGAGAGCUCAGGAAACAUACACUGUGACCCUUUUCUGCGAAGUAUGGCAUACUGGAUUUUGGAAGAUUAUAGCAAGGCUCUUGACACUUUGAUAAAACAUUCUGUUGAAGAUAAAGGAGGUGAAGGAGAUGGUUCAUCAACUUGUAACCCUGCAGUGUUUAACUUCUAUAACUACUUAAGAACACAUCCACUUUUGUUGAGACGUCAUUUUGGCUCUUCUUAUACAUCUUCCACACACAUUUGCUUAACAGUAGAAAAUGGAUUAGCUGACAAAAUCAAUCUAGGUGAAAGACGACUGUUCUUUACCACUGCAUAUGCUCAUUUGAAAGCUGGUUGUCCUAUGUUGGCCUUAGAAGUGUUAUCAAAGAUGCCCAAAGUUGUCAAGAGGUCAAAGCCAUUCUGUAAAUCCCCUAGUUUAAUGGAUACCAGUAAAGAUUUCUCACCAUCUUCUCCAGUUAAAGAGUUUGAAACAAAAGACCAAGCUUCCAGUAUUGAUUGGUCGCAACCAGUAUGGAAUGGUCUAGGUUCAUCUUCAGAUUGUUCAUCAGAAAAGCAUUCAAGUUCAACUCUUUCCUUUGACUGGAGUCAGCCAAGUGUGGUGUUCCAAGAUGAGCCCUUGCAACUACAGACAGACAGUGAUGAAAAUGAUGAGAGUGAAGAUUCUUCCCCAGUCAUGAGAGAGCUAAGACCUCUGAAGAAAACUGAAAAAUUAUAUGAAACAAGUUCUAGCUACACGGAAUCUUUUAGUGUAGUUGAUGACAAAAAUGUUCUCAGUCCAUCAGAAGAUAUCAUUUCAGCACAGCUGAAGUUUAGAGCAUGCCUGAAAAUUCUUACUGUAGAGCUUCGUACACUGUCCACUGGUUAUGAGGUAGAUGGUGGGAAGUUGCGGUAUCAGCUUUAUCAGUGGCUUGAGAGAGAAGUGGUAGCUCUUCAGAAGACCUGUGAUUAUAAUGUUGAAGUAGAAGAGAUACAGUCAGGAAUUGGAGUGAUGCCAGAGGAACCUACAUUACAUGAAAACACUGAAGACGCAGCUGACCAGCAAAAAAGUAUGCUACAGAGAGAAGACUUUCAGAAGAGACGUCAGUGGCUUCUGAAGUACCAGUCCCUGCUAAGAAUGUUUCUUAGUUACUGUAUACUUCAUGGCUCACAUGGUGGAGGCUUGGCAUCUGUCAGAAUGGAAUUAAUUCUGCUAUUGCAAGAAUCUCAGCAGGAGCAGUCAGUACAGAUGCCUUCCAGGCCUCCACCAGAGCAAAGUUCCAUACCUCUCCUGUUUGCUUGCACAGCUAGUGCCAAAACAGUGGUGGCUAACCCAUUGCUACAUCUUGGUAAUUUAACUCAUGAUAUAUUACAUGCCAUAAUAAACCUUGAUUCGCCACCUCAUCCAGAUACUCAGAACAACAAGAUAUAUGUCAUGCACACCUUAGCAGCGUCACUCUCCGCUUGCAUCUACCAAUGUCUUUGUGAUGGCCACAGCUACAGCUCAUUUCAAGCAAAUCAGUUCACUGGAACAGUGUAUCAGACAGUGCUGUUAACUCGGCGCCACUCUUUAAGAACAGCAAGCUUAGAAGAAACAGUGACUCCCAAUACAUCACCUGCUCAGUGGCCAGGAAUGACAGCUCUAAUACGCCUCCUGAAUUCUGCUGGUGAGGAAGCCCAGCCAGGUCUCACAGUUUUACUUUGUGAAAUUUUAACUGCGGUCUAUCUAAGUCUGUUCAUCCAUGGCCUUGCAACACAUUCUAGCGAUGAGUUGUAUAGAAUUAUAGCUCAUCCACUUAAUGACAAAAUGUGGUCUGCUGUCUUUGGAGGAGGAGCUCAUACACCCGGCAAAGGACAACAGCAAUUAAAGACAAAAACUGAUGAUGGUGAGAAACAGCAAAAACGUUACAGGGUUUCAUCAAAAACCUCUCCAAAAGAGAGUUCUCGGUUGCCUGCAUUGCCAUUGGUGGAGCAAGAAUUUCCAUCUCACAAAGAAAGAUUUAUCCCUCCUGAGCUUAGCAUCUGGGAUUAUUUCAUUGCAAAGCCAUUUCUUCCAUCACAAAGUAGAGUGGAAUAUGAUUCAGAAGAGAGUCAGGAAAGUGAUGAAGAUGAUGAAGAUAUUGAUGGAGAUAUAUGUGCAUCAAAUUCACGUAAUCAAGAGCAUUCUAAUUCAAAUUCUUACAGUUGGUCACUGAUGAGAUUGGCAAUGGUUCAGCUGGUACUUCACAAUUUGAAGAUUUUCUACCCUUUGGCUGGACAUGAUCUUUCAGAGCUUCCAGUUAGCUCCCCAAUAUGCCAUGCAGUUUUAAAGACUUUGCAGCGCUGGGAACAAGUUCUUCUCCGACGUCUUGAGCUCUAUGGGGGUCCACCUCAACAUUAUAUUUCAGUUCAUGCUUCUGAAGAUGCCCUAGCUGCUGGUCCUGCAUUGCUUCGCCAUAAAACUUUACUUGAGCCUACAAACACUCCUUUCAGAUCUAGCAGUCAUGUUGCACUGUCUGUGAAGAGGCUCUGGCAGUACUUGGUUAAACAGGAAGAAGUCCAGGAAACCUUUAUCAGAAAUAUUUUUACAAAGAAGCGAUGCCUAAAUGAGUCAUUAGAGGAGCACAAUGAAACCAUGAAAAAUUCUGUGGUGGAAGAGCACAUCAUCAAUAAGAUAGAAACAGAUCUGGGAUACCCAGGAGGCAAGGCAAGAAUAAUUCAUAAAGAGUCUGACAUCAUUACUGCUUUUGCAGUCAAUAAGGCAAAUCGGAACUGCAUUGCAAUAGCAUCAAGUCAUGAUAUUCAAGAGUUAGACGUUUCUGCGAUUCUAGCUACACAAAUCUAUACCUGGGUUGAUGAUGAUGUGGAAAUAGAAAAUAAAGGGGCUGAUGAUUUCUUAGUUAUACAUGCUCGUGAUGAUCUGGUAAACGUUCAGGGAACUACUCCUUAUACUCAUAGUAAUCCUGGCACACCUAUCAAUAUGCCUUGGCUUGGUAGUACACAAACUGGCAGGGGUGCAUCUGUGGAAUAUUCCAAUAAAUUUAAUGGAAUCAGAAAGGAAUUGGCAAGAAAAGAGAUGCUCAAGAAAGCUAUUAAUAAUGUCAGAAGAAUGGCUUCUCACCCAACACUACCAUACUACCUAACAGGUGCUCAAGAUGGUAGUGUAAGAAUGUUUGAAUGGGGUCAUGCCCAGCAAAUCACAUGUUUUCGAUCUGGUGGCAACUCAAGGGUAACUCGCAUGAGAUUCAAUUACCAAGGAAAUAAGUUUGGAAUUGUUGAUGCUGAUGGAUAUAUAAGUUUAUAUCAGACAAACUGGAAAUGUUGCCCACUUACUGGAACUUCACCUAAGCCAUAUUUGACGUGGCAAUGUCAUAACAAAACAGCCAAUGACUUUGUUUUCAUCAGUUCAUCAUCUUUGAUAGCUACAGCAGGAUUGUCUUCUGACAACAGAAAUAUUUGUCUUUGGGAUACCUUGGUUUCACCCACAAAUAGCUUGGUGCAUGCUUUUGUCUGUCAUGAUAGUGGAGCAACUGUGCUGGCAUAUGCUCCAAAACAUCAACUGUUAAUAUCUGGAGGCAGAAAAGGCUUUACAUGUGUAAUUGAUCUUCGCCAAAAACAGCAGCAACAAUUACUUCAGAGUCAUGAUUCUCCAGUCAAAGCAAUUGCUGUUGAUCCUACAGAAGAGUAUUUUGUCACAGGAUCUGCUGAAGGCAACAUAAAGGUGUGGAGUCUGUCUACAUUUAAUCUUCUUCACACCUUCAUAAAUGAGCAUGCUCGACAGUCUCUCUUCAGAAACAUUGGGACGGGAGUCAUGCAAAUUGAGACAGGACCAGCAAAUCACAUAUUCUCCUGUGGUGCUGAUGGAACAGUAAAGAUGAGAAUCUUGCCUGAUAGAUUCAGCCCUUUAAAGGAUGUGUUAAAAAAUGAUGUGAAAUUUAUGAUCUAAUGUUCUUCUUAAAAUAGUGAAUAACAUUCCCCUUUCUGCCAUCCCUGAAAAUGUUCUUCCUGGCACUAACCAACAAAGCAAAUGCACAGUGAUAGCUUGUGAGACAAAGAUGUUUUGGUUUUUUCCUUUCUCCCCUUUGACCUCCCUCUCUUCUGCCCCCUAACCCUCUAUUUAUUACCUGGAGCUUUUAGUCCCUGAUGCACUAAUGCCUUAAAGAUUAACAAGGUCCUUCAGAUUUUGAUUGUUGCCUAAAAUAAAAGCUAUAUAGAAUUACAAAUUAUAUAGUUAUAAUAUUAUGAAGAUGUUGUUGAAGUGGUUUACUCUUCCUUUUGAGAUAGUUACACUCCCACCUGGAGUGUACCAUCUGGGCAUGACCUCUGCUUAUAUUCAACACCUGGCCACCUUCUAAAAGCGUCUGUCCAGAUGGAAACCUAGAUAAUAUUCUUUUUCACUGUGGCAGCCAUAACUGUCUCUCUUCUCAACUUAUUUAGUCAGCUGACAAUAAAAAUUUAUACCUGUGUGUAGAAGAGAAACAAAGUCUGUAGGAGUGAAUGCUCCUGGUCAUGCAAGCAUUCGUGUAACAAGCCACUCUCUGUAUCCAUUCCUGGAAUCCAGGCUGUUUACCUCUCUUUACUUGCCUGAUCUCCUUCCUCUCAUCUGGGUAUAAGAAACUGAAGGAUGUUCUGUAUCUUGUCUUCUGUUCUAUAGGUUAAAUCACUGCCAUCAGGAUGGCAGGCUUACCUUUUGAAAAUAAAUAUAUUUUUAAUCCUGAACACUCCCUUUACAAAAGUAAAAUGUAAAUAUGAAUGGAUAUCUUCCUAGUAAAAUAGUCAAGAUUAUGUGUGAAGCCUUAGUCUUGAUCAAAAAGAUAAAGGAAGAUACUGCUUUAGGAUAUGGCACUAGAAUUUCUUCAGAGACUAUUUAUUUAGCUGUAUGUAGAGGAAAAAAAACCCAAACCCAACCUAAUUUAUUUUUGCCUUUUUUUUUUUCCAGUAAGAGUUUUUAUUUAGCCCAAAGAUACUCAGUUCAUUCUUAGCACUUACAUUCUUGUUUGUCUGCUUUUCCUAAGUACUUUAAAAAAGGAAAAAGGAAAAAACUCAACAGCAAAGUACUUCAACCAUGUCAGGCUUUGUACUGUAUGUUUACAUCUGGUGUCAACUGCAAGAAAAAAAGAUUGGAAAGGAUAGAUGGAGUUUGGGAUAUUUUUUGCCAAAAUAUUAAACUGCAUAACUUAAAUGUUUGACCAAAUUAUUAAUGCACAAGGCCUUUACAUUUUUUUUUUUUAGUCAGCUAAACUGUUUCUGUAUUUUGGUUUACUUUUCCUUACUUGAGAGCUUGACAGAGAUUUAAUUUGUAAAUUAGAUGUGAGGCUGGAUUACUUGAACGCCAGUGGUGUACUUUUUGCUAAAAGAUAUUUUGUGAAAUAUAGCACCAAGAUAUUAACUGUAAAAUAAACUUGUCAAAUUAGGAACUAUGGGGAUAAACAAAGCUUAGCAGAAAUGAAGGGCUUGUAAAAUGAACUAUGUAACAUUCUCAGGAUGCUUUUAUCUUAAGAAUAUAAAGUUGUUUAAAAAGAUUUUGUAAAAUGUAUUAAGGUCAUUUUAAAUGUAUGUUUCGCAAGUUGCAGUGCAAACACUAUGAAGGUUUUUAUGCACAUAACCUGAAUUUUCAAAUUGUGCAAUAAAAAGAAUGUGAAUGUUUUGCCAUGAAGAAACAUGUGACGGCAUUUCAAACUGGUACAGCUGUUCAGUGAUUCAAUUGUAUUUGUUCUUCCUUAACACUAGAUUGAAAUAGAACUUGAUAUCAAAACAGUUUAAGUACAGUGAUGGUCCAGAAAAAGUAACUAAAAGUGACACCACCUUACAAAACAGACUUGCCCAAUGGGUAUGUUGUAUCUGUUAAGUGGCUGAGUUUCUAAUAUCCUGUAUUCUUAUGGAAGAAGGAAAACAGUGGAGUAAACAGUAGCACAGUCCUUUAGAAUCAGCUGAAACCGUGACUUUGUAGCUGCUUAUAUACAUGUAUCAGUUUUAUACAUCCACUGAACUAACAAAGUUACAUGUGCAAAAAUCAUGGCAGUAUUAUAUAAUUAUGUCCUUGAUGUUUUGUCCUUAAAUAUUUAUAUCUCAUUAGCUUUAAUAUUUCAAGCUCAAGUUUAUUGUACUGGCAGUCACAAAAAGCUGUCUUACCGUCUGCAAACUGAGCAGUUUUUGUAUGUAAUUUGCCAAGACAUACAAUGUUGUCAUUUUUCCGAGUAAAGCUGCACUAUGAAAAAUCCUGGCAAACUUAUGCAUAUACCAGAAUAGUACUGACCGUGGGCAGGCAGUUUCAAUAAUGUUUAUAGUUACUAUAAGCUAUUCUCAAAAGUAAAUUAUGUAAAAUCACAAUGUAUUUGCCACACCUUUAUAAUCUUUCCAAUAAAUCCUGCAGAAACUCAACCUUC